UUCGACACUCUGUAUGAAUCAGUCAUUGCUUACACUUUAACCUUAGAGUGAAUCUAAACAAACCAUUUGUGACCAAUUGGUGACUAAUUUGUGGCUAAUAUUUGUGGCACCGAUGGCUCAGUUGUUGAGAUUAGUAUCGCAACCAAUCGCUUGUCAAUCAUUGCUUAAGACAAGCAAAGUAUUAGCACUAACAGCCAAUUCAACGAUUGAUCAGAAAAGACAUUUAUUUGGUAAACUUCGUCGAGUGGACGGAACAGAUGUGUCGUCUAAAGACAUAAAAUUGGCCGAACCUGUAGAGCACGCGACAGGUCUCGAAAAACUACUACUUUUAGCUGAAGAAAAAGGCAUUGACGACCCUUUCUGUCUUAAGCCCCGAAAGCGAGGGCCCGGAACUAAAGAGCAACCAAAUCUGGUGCCGAGCUUUGAGGACAAACGACUGAUUGGUUGUCUUUGUGAAGAAGAUCAGACACAUCUUAACUAUAUGUGGGUACAUCUGAGUGAACCUAAACGUUGUGAAUGUGGUUAUUGGUUCAAAGCAGUUCCCGCCCGCAAGUUCUGGGAAGAGAUCGAUACCAAUCCGGGCGCAUAAAUGGCGACAAAUUGUUUUCAACAAAAUAGUUAUUCAAAAAAUUUUGUUUCAUUUUAAUUAAUAUUCAGAUUAUUAACCAAUAAUUGCUUAUGUAUUUCAAAUGGUAGUUAAAUAUUAAAAUAUAUGUAUUUAGUUAUGUAUUUCGAAAUUAUAAUUUUUUUGUAAACAGCCAUUCAAUUAAUAUUCAAAGAUUAAAUAUAUUAU